AUGAAUGAUUAUAGACAACGUCUUGGUCUUAAUCGACGAUUUGAACCACCGACAACAUCGAUGGGUAAAUUCUUCUCAAAUCGCCUUCGAGAUUCAUUACAUUUUGGUGGAGCAUUAACAACAAAUGAAAGAGAAAAUUUUGAUGAAACAUUAGCUGAUAAAGAAGCAACACCUGAACCACCAGUUAGUGUCUAUGAUGUUAAUCGUUCGAUAAUUACACCAACAUCAUUAACAAGUGGUGAAUCAUAUUUUACUCAAACAACACCUGAUAUACAUAAAUUUUCUCGUCGAGUAGAACUAUCAUCAGGUUAUAAUAUAUUAAAAAAUCGUACAAGUUCACGUCCAGCACGUUUACCAUCACAAUUACAAGGACGUACACCACUUGCUCAAUUAAAUCCAUUACCUGGAACAAUAACACCAACAAGUAAUCUUGAUGAUCAUCGUCAACGACGUCUUUCUUUUACUGAUCAUCAUCGUACACAACAAUUGACUUAUAAUCAACAGAUUUUACAAAAAUUUAAUGCUGAUGGUACUCGACGACCAUUUUCAUCAGACAGUCCAUUGCCACCACCUUUACUACCGCAUUCAUCGACAACAGUAACUUAUAUAUCAUCCGCACCACCUGUACAUAAUCGUACAACUUAUCAGCCAGUUGAACCAUUAAAAUUAGCAUCCGAACAAGAAGAUAAUUCCAUAGCAGCAUUAUCACGUGAACUACGUGCUGCUGCAUAUCCAACGACAUGUAAAUCUUCAAAUCAUUCACCAACACGUGAAACUUCACCAUCAACAACACGUUAUUCAACUCGUUCUAAUUCAAAACGUGGACCACUACCACCACGUUCAUUACCAAAACUACAUCCCAAUGAACAACAAACAACAAUAUCAAAUACUAAAAUAUCACAUUAUCAUCAUCCCCAUCCUCCUCCUCCUCAUCAUCAUCAACAACAACAACAUGAAGUAGAAAAGCAUCCAUCAACAAUCGAAGAUCGUUUACAAAGUUCAUCAUUAUUACUUGAUCAAAUGUUCAAUGUUGAGCAAUUAUCAAGCAAAGAACCAAUAGUACAAACACAUGAAAUUAUUUCUGUUACCAAUGAAAAAUCAAGUCGUGAACAACCGUCUGUUCUAUUAUUGAGAACUCCUUCAUUAUCAAAUCCUACUGAAGAUGCAACAUUAUCAUUUGUUUCUAAAUUUGCUCGUUUAGCCCCUAUUAUUCCUUCACAUUCAACAAAUGGAAAUACUUCUAUACUAUCACCUGCUGAUGAAAAUAAUAAUAAUAAUAUAAAUCGUUUAUCAUAUAUCGAAUUAAAUUAUCAUGAACAAACUCUUGAUACACUUCAUGAUCUAUCAUCAUUUCAUAAUGAAAAUGCAACUAUAACUGAUGAUUUACUUGAAACAUCGAAUAUGAAUUAUUCUGAUGAUACAAAUGAUGAAAUUACCGAUGAUUUCUCUUAUGUACCAUUAAAAGAACAAAUGAAUGCUUUUAAUACUGUUCCAUUACUUGAAUUAGAAGAAUUGGAAACAAAUAGUGAUAUAAGUGAAUCCCAAUUAGUACCAAUUAAUUAUGCUAAAGAAUUAGCAAAUGAAAUUGAACUUUUACAAAAAGCACAUUCACUUAAACAACAACAACGAUCAAUGGCAAUGAAUAGUGAAAAUGAAAGAAUGAAUGAUAAUAGUUCUAUUCCACCACCUGCAAAUAUGGAAUUAUUAAAUUUUGAAGCAUUAGAAGAUGAAUUUUCAAUGUUACAACAUCACGAAGAUUUAACAUUACCUUCACCAAGAAUUCCAUCAGUAAUGAUGGAAAUUUCAUCUCCAUCUAUACCUAUAGAACAACCUAUAUCUCCUCUUUCAUUAACAGAAAAUGAAACACCAACUGCAAAUAUUUUACAACAGGCUAUACUUGAACAUAAUCGUUUAUCAUCAUGGUUUAAAUUACCAACCGAACUUUGGUUUAAAAUUUUACCAUAUUUAACUACAAAUGAAUUACAUAAUUUUUCUUAUGUUUGUAAACGUUUCUAUUUACUUACACAAGAUAAAGCGUGUCAACAUCGAAUAACAAUUAAUUGUCGAAUGCAAUUAGAACAACUUUGGUUUGAUAUUAUUAGUAAACGUAAACCUAUUUCACUUUCAUUUAUUGAUCGUCCACAACAAAAUCUUGAAAAUACACAACAACAACAACAACAAGAACAUAAUAUUCAAUGGAAAGAAUUUUUUGAAUCAAUUGGUUCUACUCUUUUUGAUUUUACUAUGACUGGUUGUUAUCAUGAACCAUUUACACCUAAUACAUUCUUACCAUUUAUCGUUCAACACUGUUCAAAUCUUCUUUCACUUAGUCUUCGUUGGAAUAAUAUAACAGAAACAACAUUAAAUCAUUUAAUAACUUAUCCACAAUUUAUAAAUUUACAUACACUUGAUUUAACUGCUUGUCAAAUUUUAACUGAUACAAUUUUAAUUGAUAUAUUUAUUCGUACAGAAACAGAAUUUCAUUUAAAAAAACUUAUUCUUCAAGCAUGUACAAAUUUAACAUGGAUAAGUCUUGAUACAAUAGCUAUUUCAAUACCAAAUUUAGAACAUUUAAAUUUAAGUCGUUGUAUUGGUUUAAAAAAUCUUACAACACAUGAAAAUCAUACAUGUUUUCAUUAUUGGUCUAAACUUCAAUAUAUUGAUUUUGGUCAUCUUUUAACAAUAAAUGAUAAUGAUCUGACAAUUAUAUUUAAUAAUUGUAAAUAUUUAAAUACAUUUAUAUUUGAUGAUUGUAUUAAUUUAACUGAUGAAACAUUAAAUAAAUUAACAACAAAUUUUCAAAUGAUUAGUUUAAAUAAUUGUACAAAUAUAAGUACAGCUUUAUUUUUAAAUCUCAAUGAACAAUGUCCAUAUUUACAUACGAUAAAACUUAAUUCAAUAAAUAAUUUUACUAAUGAAUGUUUAAUAAAAUGGUCAAAUAAACCGUUAAUCGAAUUAAAAAAUUUAGUACUUGACAAUUGUAAUCAAUGUACAUUGAAUGGAAUUGAAAAAUUUCUUGAAAAACAUAUGAACUUACGAGAAUUAUCAUUGAAUGGUGAUAUUAUAUCAAGUUUACUUGAACAAAAAUUUUUACAACAAAAAUUUCCAAAUAUUAAAUUUGUCUUUCAAUAA